AGAUGGCGUCUGUGGAGGACAUACGAACAAGAGUUACUCUGCAAGAACACGGCGUGAUUAACGUGAGUUGAUUACCUUUUAUCAGUUCUUAUUGAUAGAAAGUAAGGAGCUUGGCACUUACACUGUUGUAAUCUAUUUCUUCAGACUCACAGCACUGAUUUCCCAGGGAAUUAUAGCGGUUAUGAUGACACGUGGAGCCAGGAAAAGUUCGAAGAGGUGGGUAUAACUUGUCUUGUCCUCUUGUCCUAACGUUUAAUUCAGACAUCAAGGGUUGCUCACUUGCUUUUCAAUAAGAAGGUCUCUAUUGAGAGGGAAAGAUGAGUUGAGGAUUUAUGGCUAGUAGCCUGCGAGGAGGCUCAAGUUCGGGGAAGCGCGCGUGCAGGCUUCCGUCGACAAAAUUUUCUCCGAACCCUCAAAAGUGAGCCUGCAUGCUCGAAGGCCAUAUGGCUUGUCAGAUAUUACAUCGGGUAGCAUGCAAAUCCUUUAAGUGCUUAUACACAGUUAUACACCACAUAUAACUUACGUCUGGCCUAUCGACUUUCGGUUAUUUCUUUUGGUCAAACACAAGAUUUUCUGUCUUUCGUGGUCUGUGAGUUUUUCAUGCUUGUUUAAUAAAGAAAAAGGAGAAAAAGAAAUGAAAAUUUCAGUUUUGCUUUAUUAUGUUCAAACUUUGUACAGCAACUCCUGACAACACACAACAACAUGCAACAGGGUCUCUAAAUGGACACAACAAUCCCAACCUCGUCCCCAGGGUCUUCUCACUUUCCAAUAUGGCGGCGGCAGGAGAGAAGACCCUGGCACACAGCGAACUAAAACGAUCGCUGAUUGGUGCAUUCCAUAGCGCGUUCAUACGUGCGCUCUCAUUGGUUUAUUCCUUCCAAAACAAAGAUGGUUAACCUUUGAGGGCUUCGUAGAGGCUGAGAAGUGCUUUCUUCAGUGUUUGAGACCUAAAAAGGUGGACAGAAUUCAGGUCUGAUUGUUCGGAAAACUGUGACUGUACCGUUGGAAGGCAAAGAUUCGAAUAUAGUGAUAUCUGGUAAUCGCUGGGAAUAUUAUAACGCGUAGAGGUAUUUCUGUUACUCGUGCUAUUUGGUUUGUGUGUUCAAAAUUACUAAAGAUUUGUUUCUUUAAUUCCCGACUUGUGAAAAGAAUACUUGCAAGGCUUCAGCUUAUCAAUAAAUUUAGCUGCCAGUUGCAAAGGUGUAGUAUUGUUCUGCCUUUUGUUUUCUUUGAACAAAAGCUGUAUGCAUAAUAUUAUUAAUGUAUGGGGUUAUACGGAAAUCUUGCAUAAUCUGCGCUUUGUCUCAGCAGUUUUUGUCAAGUGAAACAUUCUUUUCAUUUGAUCGUAAUAUUCAUGGGCCUAACCUGGCCUUCUUUUAAUUUUUCCACUGUGAUUUUGAAGGGGACGAGGAGCGAGAGAGGCAGAUGUCGAAACAAAACUAAAAAUUGAAGCCAAACAUAGUGUCGCUAUCAUUUGAUAUUUUUAAUCCUGACUUUUCAUUUAUUCAGUUUUUAGUGUCACAAUAAUGAUAAUUUAUUAUUAUUUGCUCAUUUCAUUGGCAGUAAAAUACAGCUAAAUACAGAGACAUUGGGAAAAUAAACUGUUUCCUUUCUCAGAAAUGAAAAACUUACAUAUUGAUGUAUUGAAGCUUGUGGGAUUUCUUUCUAGUUGCAAAAAUAAAAUAAAUGAAAGCACAUGAUGUCUUUUAUUUUAUCAAGUUGAAAACAGUGAUCAGCCCAUUCAAGGAAAUCUGACAGUCUUGGAUUCUCAAUUUUGCGCCAUGGAUACUGCAUUCUGGAUUCUCUGUCAGUGGAACAUGGAUUCCGGAUUCCAGUUAUAAGUGGGAUCCAGAGUACUUUAGGACCUUUAUUCCAGAUUCCAAGAGAAAUAUUUCCCAGAUUCCAGACAUGGGGUGACAGUGACCCCAAGAUAAAUACGUUUUCUGUCAAACUAAAACCUGUCAAUUGAGCUUCUAAUAUUACUGUAGGCUAAGUGUGCAUGUUGUUCUUGUCACUAUAUCCUUGAAAAGGGGGUUUGUGGACCAGGUGAAAAAGUGGCUGGUACUGUAGUAUUCCAACACCAGCUGGGUAUGAUUGUGAAGCAGCUAUAAUUCAGUUCUAAAACUUGGAUUUAAAAAAAUAAACUACUUCAAAGGGUGCAUAUAUCACUAUCCACUGAAUAAACAAGAGCGGAAGGGACCUGGAGCAUCUAGAUCAUGGGAUUUUUCAUGUCGGGAUGCAAAGGCUUUUGAAGUGUUUUGUGCCAGAGUCCCCAUAAGCAUAGUGAGGUUUUAGUUGCCUAGUCAUGGCCAAUGAGUUUUAGAUCACGUGGUCCCAAGCGAAAUAGUGAAACAGUUUCCCUCCAGUUUGCCUAAGAUAAGUCACCGAAAUGAAUUGAAGGCCUUGGAAAAUGCCACACAGGGACAAGGCAAGGCUUUUAGCUUGUUUAGGUGUUGCGGUGUGAGGUUGCAGCUGUUAGAUGUGCUGGCUUAAAUACUUUCCAAGUCUACUUUAAGGUGUUGGUUAGUCUUAGUAAUAGUGUCUGUAUUAUAAUCAUAUCGUCAGAAAUAAUCAGAUUAACCCAACUAUUACACUGAUAAUCGAUUAUAGUAGAUUAUAGUUUUGUGCCCCCUGUGUGCCACUUUCAACACCAAAAAUAAUUUUGUAAGAAGGCUUAUCUCUCACAUAGUUAAACCAACUAAACAUCAUAUAAACUAAAUUAAGACCCCAUCAAAAAGACAACGCAGGUGAAUUAAUGUCCUUAUUUGUCAACAAUGUUUUUGUGAAUUUUCCACAACAAUCAACUGAACAUUUGUAUAAGCAAUACUCACUUUGCUUUAGGUUUCUGAUGCUUUAUAAAUUAUGAUCGAUAAUCAGCACACCACUACCAAGUCAUGUCUCAAUUAGAGUACGAAAGGGCCCAUCUGACGAGCAAAGCAUGUUUGACUUAAAACAUCUAUUAUCUCCAAAUGAGAUAGGAACUUUUACUGCGCACAUGACUCAGAUAGGACUAUCAAAUUUUUGAACAACUGGAGUCUAGCCUUUAGUCAAUUUGCAAAUUGACAUGGCAAAGUGCAGCCCCAAGUAAUAUGUCAAAUAAACCAAAGUCAGGGAUUAAGAAAGUUUUUGCUCUGAAAAUCAAAUCUAUUUCAAAGUGGAGAAUACAUUUUGGAUUGCUAUAUUAGAAACAAUGGAAACACUCUUCACCUUUUGCUAGCUAUUAAAGCGGGUUUAAUGCUUUUUUUUACAUCUGAGAGGCAAAAAAAAAACAAUUAUAAUAACAACAUCUUAAAUCCUCUAUUAAGGCCCCCUCUCUCAAAUAAGCCCUCCUUUUCAGUGAAAGAAAGUUUUAACAAUAAGCCCCCGUCUUUUUUAACCCCCAUCCCACCUUCCCCCCUUUUCUUAUUCUUCACUAAUAAAUAAGAGACUGUAUAAAUCAAUGAAAACUGUAAAGCUUUCUGUGGACCGAUCCAGGAUGAUUUAUUCACCAACUGGAAGUUCGGAUUUGUUUUUGAUCCUCGGCUGCUUGACCUCCAACCUUCUUGUACUUGGGCUUUUUCUCUUGGCCUUUUUUUGGGGGGAACUAAUACCACCGUCUUUGCUAGAUUAAAUAAGGCCCCUAUCUCUAUUGCCCGGAAGCACUGUGAACAGGGUUAAAUAUCAAAAGCCAAUAACAAAGUCUAAAAACUGCGAAGUAGAUGAAGAUUGACAAUAAUUUUAUUACCUGUACCAGUUCAAGUGACAAAAUAUCCAAACUGACCAAGGAACUGUUUAAUUUUCAACCAAAGUUUCCUCAAAUUAUAUUAACAAAAUAGUGUUCUCUGGUUCUUGUUUUCAGAAAAAAAAAAUUGUUUUUUUACAUAUCAGAGUUCAGUUAAAAUUUGUGCAGAUAGAAAAACAAAAGUCAAAAACCUCAUGAAGAUCUGUAAAAAAACUGACGAUCACUUAUCAGCUUAAAGUGUCUGCGACUCAAUUUAAUGCUUAGUUGAAUUUCGGAGCGGAAGAGGUCUUAGAGCGUCAUGACAGAAAAUUCCCUGGCUUCAGAGGUCUGUUCUCGAAAUUCCUAACAUGAAGACAUAAAUUGCGCUCACGGUUAGAAAAAGCUCCCCCUUUCACGAAAGAAGAAACCUGAACCUCUGGCGCUCAGGGUACGGCAAAAAAAGAAAACGGUGAAAAAAGGUCGGUACCGAGAAAUUAAGUUGUAGACAGCCGUGUGCGCUAGAACUUUCAGGCUUCAAACAAAUGAAGGUCAUUGAACAGAAAAUAAGAUCGCUAUAUCAUUCUACCGUAUUCCUGUGGCUUGUAAGUGUAUUCUUUCAUAUUUUUAGCUUCUUUUGAGUUCUGCCUUUGCCGCCAUUUUGUUUGUUUUUCACCAGUCUCAAGACCUCGUACCCAGAUCCUCUCACUCUUUAUCUUGGCCGCCAUUUUGAAUAAAUUUCCACUCUCCGUGGACAAAUCAGUCACGUGAUUUCUGCUGUGUGCCAGGGUCUUCUCUCCUGCCGCCGCCAUAUUGGAAAGUGAGAAGACCCUGGGGACGAGGUUGACAACAAUCCAACAAUCGAACAUCCAACAAUGUUGCAUCCGUUUGCACAGGGCCUAACACAUAACAGGGGCGGAUCUAGGGGGAGGGUGCAGGGGGUGCGCACCCCCCUCCCCCCUGAGAUGACCUGCGGUUUUCUAACACAACUAGUAUUCUGCAAAAAAAAACUAUGUGGUUUAUUGGUGUUGAAGUAGAGCAAGAGACAAGUGCACUCCCACCUAAAAAAAAUCCUGGAUCCGUCCCUGCAUAAGAGUAUUGAACCAUGACUUUACAAUGGCUGUCGCAAAGUCAAUCUAAGUGGUCCCUUGGGGAAUUUUCUGUUUUACGUUAUUCUAACCAUUUCUUACUUGUGGGAGUGCAGCAUUGUUCAGCGUGAAACAUCAUCAUCAAUGAUUCUGCACUGCUCCUGUUCAUGCAAAUUGAAAUUUUUUCUGGUAUGCUAACUGAAUAUUUCAACUGUAAGUACUUUCCUUUAUAUACGUGCGAAACACUGGGAGGCUUCCUCUGGAUUUGUCUUUCUGGGCGAAACCCUCCGGGGGAAAUUAUUGACAUUGAGGCAACUUUAAACCAAAGACAAUUUAUUUCUACCCAGAUUAUAAAGUUGCAAAAAUGAUGAUCAGUAAGUUUAAUACUUUUAUCUAAUUUUUAGAAAUUUCGGAUUGAUAUAAUUCACUUGGGCAAAAAUGAAUUGGAGUUUGAUAUGGUUGGUGUUGAUGCUGCUAUUGCAAAUGCACUGAGAAGGAUUUUGCUAGCUGAGGUAUGACUUGAUCAUUUUUUAUUGUGAUCAGUAAUGGUGUAGUAAUACAAAGGCAAGCAACUGACCAUAGGGAGCUUAAGCAAAGGGGGUUUUGAGUGAUGCAAGGAAGUGGACUUUUUGCAUUAUUGAAUUGUGGCUAAUUUGCCUAAAUUUUGGGCAGUUUGUCUCUAUGAAAGUUAAGACACUUCGUCUUAACAAUUCAAAUUUGGUAACUUCAACGCAUUUUGAAGUGGAAAACACCUUACUUCUGGUUGACGUGUGUCACUCAAAAAUGCUGUUACUUAAGGUACCUAAUGACCGACCCCUCCCCGCUUACCGCGCCAUUUUUUGUGCGGUCUUUGACUCUCAUUUCUGGUUCUUUGCUCAUUAAUUUUUGUACUCUGGUUGAGUAGUAUUGCGGUGUUGCUAUUGAUACUAUUCUCAGUAUCCAGAUUUUCCUAAGUCUGGUUCAGAAAGGAUCAUCACUUAGGUCAUAAUCAGAAUACAUCUGGACAGCAAAAAAGGGCUAUUGUAACCCCGCAAUCAGGUUUUCUUUCCUUUUUGAGAACAGAUGGGGGAUGCCUGAUCAGUAAAAUUUUUCCAUGCCACCCACUGCCCACUACUUUAUGUUGAAUGGGUUUGGGUCAGCUAAGCAAGUUAGUUAUCUUAAUUCCAGGGACAGAAAAUCACAAACAAGGAUUCACUGCUCUGUUCAAGCAAAAUUUGAGAACUUAAAAUACAAUGGAAGCUCUACUUAUGGCCACUAUCACAAAACCCCAUUUUACUCAACUACCAUACAAACUCUGUAUUUUUUCAUUCCUUAAAGUGGCCAGCUCCUGUUAUGAACGCCUUUUUGGCAUAAUUUUCUAAUGGUGCUCACUUACGAGAACUUCCACUGCAAUAUUCAUACAUACAUGUAUUUCAUUGCCUUUUAGAUGUUGUGAUCAUAGUGAUCGGUGAUAUUUCUUUCAGGUUCCAACCAUGGCAAUUGAGAAAGUCUUCAUUUAUAACAAUACAUCCAUCCUACAAGAUGAGGUUAGCUGAUCAUUAAAAUAAUAUCUUUGCAGAGCAUUUUCACAUGACAUUAUGGCAGCCAUAAUAGUGUUCUAAAACAAUGAAAUGGUGGUCAUGUUGGUGUUCCAAACCAAUCCUGUGGGAGUUGAACUCUUUUCUUAUGUAAACAUGAUUUUUCUUUAAUUUGUUCCCAUAAAUUUGGACUGAUGCUGGCCACAUGAGUGAAAACGCUCUAUAGAUGCUUUUUACUACUUCCACCAUCUUUGCCAGGGAUGUAGCUGAGGAAAAAUUAAGUAGUCUUAAAAUGUUAUUAGUCCAGCUGGCUUUUUGAAUCAACUGCACCUUCAAAUUACUCCAUGUCUUUGUUUUUCAGAACAAUUUGAGCUAGUGGUAAGCUCUUUUACAGCCAUUGAAAUCAGGCGACAUCCAGCUGUUAGUAACAUCCCUGCCCUGCAACAAAUCCUAAACCUUGGUGGUCUAAAGCCAAAUUAAAGUAUAUGUUUGUUUUAUCCAUACAAUGUACUGUAUUCAUUACUUAACUGAAUACAGGCAAGAGUGCUUUCACCGCACAGUCAGGAUAACUUUUGAUUUGUAACUUUCAUGAUUUUACUACAGGAAAUUUAACCUCACUUUCUUUUUAUAGGUGUUGGCCCAUCGACUUGGGUUGAUCCCAAUUUGUGCAGAUCCAAGAGAAUUUGAUUUCAGAUCAGAAGGUAUAUAUGCUCCAAAUUAUUGUAAUUAUAGCCUUAUGAAUUUAAUUACUGGUUUGGAUCUUUACUCAGCCUGUGGCAGGCUCUCAAAUAAUAGGGUUGUUGAGAAAGCAAGGUGAAGCACUCGUUAUCGCAGCUGCACAAUAAUGGCAAACUAUCUUUGAGCAUGGAAUAGACUUUAUAAUCUUUAUUGGACAGGGCUAAUUGCUUCAACUGCUUCAAAUUAAUGAAGGGUUGAGAGUAUAACUACAUUAAUUACUGUUUUUUGUUGACCCUAUUGGAGUCAUUUACAAAAUUACAGCUGGAAUGAAUUUCAGUAGACAUUGAUUUCGGCACCAUUGGGCAGAGUGUAUUUGCAACUUUCUGUAUAAUUUAAAAUAUUAUUAUAUGCCCUAAAUUUCUGGCCGCAGUUGUUCAAACGGUGGAUAGUGAUAUCCACUGGAUAAGAUUUUCAAUAUCUAUAUAGUCAGGGCUUCUGAUAUUUCGCGGAAAAAAACGCAAAAUUUCGCGGGAUUUUCAGGGGCAAAGUCGCGGAAAAAUCGGCCGAUUUCGCGGAAUUUUCGCGGGAAAAAAGUCAAAAUUUGCGGAAAAAUUGGCCGAUUUCGUCGGAUUUUCGCGGGAAAAAGUCAAAAUUCGCGGAAAAAUCCACCGAUUUCGCGGGAGAAAAGUCAAAAUUCGCAGGAAAAUCGACCGAUUUCGCCGCAUUUUAGCGGAAAAAAGUCAAAUUUCGAAGGAUUUUCAGGGGCAAAUUCAUAGAAAAAUCGGCCGAUUUCACGGGGAAACUUCGCCAAGAAACAAUCAGUAAAAGACAGCCGAUUUCGCUGGGUUUUUUUUGGCAAAUUUCGCUAAAAACGAUCAAUUUUGCGUCGAUAUGACCAGCGUUGUUUAACGUUUUUUUAACAGGGAUAAUCAUUUGCUCUCUCAACAACAGUUCGCACGAGAAAUGAGCGAAUGCUAAAGUUGUUAACAUUAUGGUUAGUACCCAGUUUUUCGCAACGUUCAUCUAAGAACGCCUGGUAGUUUUAGGACGUUGUUUACUCAUUGCAGUGACGAAGUUUCAAGAUAAAUUUGGACAUUUGGGGUGAAUAGAAAAGGUCUAAUAACCAAGAUAAGUAUUAAAUAUGUUUUGCCGACAUGUAUUUGGAAAUAUUUCUUGCGGAUUUCGCGGUAUGUCGCGUUUUUUGGGGAAUUUCGCGGGAUUUCGCGGGAAUGCCUGAAUUUCGCGGGUCCGCGACCGCGCGAAAUAUCAGAGGCCACAAUUUGUUGCCAUAAUACUUAUCCGCUGGAUGGCGAUUUAUUCAGUCGAAAGCACUAUCCAACAUUAGAACAACCGAGGCCUGGUUAGGCCAGCCAUUCAUCCCUUUUCUCGCUCCUCACCAAACAAAGUUACAAUAACAGUAUAUACAAUACACUGUGGGUGUGUUCCUUUCGGUGAAUCCAAAAACGGAUUUUAGAUCUAAAAACGGAUUUCGCGUUCCUUUCGGCAAAUCCAAAUCCGGAUUUUUGAUCUGGUGAAUCCUUUUUGAAAAAGGAUUCACUGGAUUUGAAAUCCGAAGAAUCCAAAUCCAGAUUAACGGAUUAGUGAUCUACGCUGUUCCAUUCACAGUGGAUCCGAAAUUAGUCAGAUGAUCCAGCGGUAUUUUCAGCUGAAGUAUUCCCAUAGAGGCCGUAGAGUUUCCUCGUUGCUUUCAUUUGCCGCAAAACAUCUGAAAACAAUAGAAGAUUGUUCCUGGUACAUUAAAAUAUCCAUAUACUAACCAUUUGUCUCUAAAGAUUGCUUGAAAUCAGAAAUAAGUAAAAGUAACAAAUGAACUGCUAUCUAACUACAAACUCGCUUGUAGACGCGACAGGCAUUCGAUCGUGCUACAUAAAAAAAUCCGAGCUAUGGAACUGGAUCAAACUGGCCGACAUUCUUUAGAUAAUUUUCAAUUUUAAUGCUUCUUUCUUUGUCUGUUUUAUAUGUUCCAUCGUCGCUAUUCGAACUGCCGACCACUAAAUUCUGCACGGUAUAAUCGCAUAAUUUGUCAAACAGUAGAAAACACGUCAUUUUUUGAGAGGCUGUCGUGCAUAUUGCACGCGUUGGCAAAAGGUUACCAAGGUUACAAAUCCAAUUUCGGAUUUCACGUUCCUUUUGACCGAGAAAUCUGGCAAAUCUAGGAUCAAAAAUCCGUUUUUGGAUUCGCCGAAAGGAACACACCCUGUAUGUCUUGUAUGACAAAUUAAUUUGAAACAUUAUUGGCUCAUGUGCAUAAAUUUUGUACCAAAAUGUUAUGAUCUGAUACAGGAGAUGAGGAGGCAAAGGAGAACACAACUUUACAGUUUAAUCUAAAAGUUAAAUGCAUUAAAAACAAGAACGCACCAAAGAAUGCUACGGAUCCUGAUGAAUUGUACAUUCAUUCAAAAGGUAAUUCUGUGCUUAUGUCACCUUAUGGUUUAAUUUUAUGUUUAAAGUUUAUUUUUCAGGGGUUCAAAGUCAUUUGCAUUCAUUGCCAUGUCCAAGAACAAAGAAAACAAAUUGAACCUAAGGACAAGAUUGAACAAAAUUUAAGGGGUAAAAAAGGUAUAUUUCUGCACAUGUGUAAUAGGAGAAGAUGCAUGGCUAUAAAAGAAAAUGGUAGCCUCUUAAUCAACUAGCAUAAAUGCAAAAUAACACUCCCACUCCAGACUAUUUUCCCAUUACUUGUUGGUUGACCAUGAACAGUGUGGAAAGGAUAAUUUUUCUCUAAAUUACAGUGACGACAGAUCUGCUAAAAUGGAUACCAGUUGGAAAUCAGGCCAGAAAGGUAACUAAACUUACUUACAUGUAUACUUAUUCAUGGUGUAAAACCCUAAAGGGAUGUGCAAUGUUCAGUUUUGGGUCUGUGGACUUUGGUUUGACAGAUGAUUCUGACAAUCUAAAUGAUGCAAUCACGUAAAUACAUGUACAUAUAUGACUGACACCUGGUAUUUAAUUAUACUUUACAUGUUUGUUGUGGUCCAAUUUUAUCCUUGGUUUAAAUGUUGUUUUCCUUUGCUUUAAACUCCUUAUCAUACAUGACCAAUUACCCAAACACAAAGGAAAACUUUAAUCAAGGGUGAAAUUGAACCACAACAUUUAAUGCUAUUCAAAAGGUUUGUCAUUGUCAGCAAAGGUUUUUAUAGUAUAGUUCAGUCUUUUCCAGUUUUUAAGGACUUUAAAGCUUUGGCUCAGUAGAAUUAUGUUUGCAAGGGUCAAUCCGUCUUUGUUCUUAACUUUAUGAGUAACCCUUCAUGUCUAUAGCCUAGACAUUCAGCAUGUACAGUACAGGCAGUAGAAUUUAAUUUUAGUUACUCUUUUAAAACAAUAAUAAAAUUGUUGUGUUUAGCCAUAAAAACAAGUACAGUCGAAGCUGGGGGUUGAGGGGUGAAUACCUCUCUUAAUCAACCACCUAUCCAAAAUGCCAAAAUUUCCCUAAUGAAAGCCCCAUAGUUAGAGCCUCUCGUAAACUACCACCGCUAGUAAUAGCCUCCCACGCAGGUGUUUUUAAGAUAUGAUCUCUCUUUGUGUGCUGUAUGUACAAAGCCACUCAGAGUGUACUAAUAAUGCAAAAAAAACUUUCUGUGACAGCGUGAAACUACUCUUGUAAGAUUAACUUAGAAAUUGCAUGCAAUAGAAUUUAUUCUCUUGUAAAAAGUAGUUGUGUAGGGAGCUCUUCUCAGAAGAGAACCUCCUUGGUUUGAUUCUCUUUAGCGAACACCCUCAGCAAAGCCACUACUCGGAAUGUUGGCAUUUGAGGUGACCGCUUAUGGAAGGUUUAAACAGUCUUUGCUGAAUACUAGUUGAUGUGAUUUCUAAUUUUUUUUUGCUACGUAGUAUGGCCCCCAGGAUAUUAGACCAGUGCUGAAUGAUAUACUAAUAGCAAAGUUAAGGCCAGGACAGGUAAAAAAACAGUGUACAUGUAUAUUAAUUUUAUGCAAGUAGUAUCCUGCUACUCGCAUAACCAGUCAAGUCGCCCGGACCUGAGUUAUGUCGCCCGAAAUUUUGCUAGGUGUUAACAAGCAUGAUACACAUGUAAAUUUGUAGUAUGUCUCGUUCAUAAAGCCUUGAUGAGAGAUAAAUCAGCUCGAUAGAUGUGCUAGAUGACUCGUUCUUUUGAAAACAAGCGCGAUAAAUGUGUUGCAUAUCAGGCUCUUCAGGCCAUGACGAGACGAAGCAAGCGCGAUAAGUGAGGAAUACAUCUCGUUCUUUAACCCUUGAUGGAAAGAAACAAGCGCAAUGAAUGUGUGGUAGGAUGUUAAAAUGUUGCAAAGCAUAAUUUCGAGCGACGUAACUCUGGUUUUGGACCACAAAUACUUUGGCAAGAAAACUUUUGGGUGACUUGACCUUAAACCAGCCUCACAUGUGAGCGGGUUAUAGAGAGUUGUUAAUCUAGUGAGACCCAAAUACUUCAUGACGGUUUACGGUCAAGUCGCCCGAGAGUCAUCUCGCCCAAAGUUAUGUCGCCCGAAAUUUUGUCACUCUCAGCAACAUCCUAUCAUCGUAAUCGCGCUUGUUUCCGUUUCAUUAAAUCUUUGAAGUAAGAACAAGAUAUAUUACUCCUUUGACGUGCUUGUUUCGUUUCAUUAAGGCUAAAAGAACGAGAUUCGUUACACAUUCAUCUCGCUUGUUUCGUUUCUUCAUCGCUUAAAGAACGGGUUGUGAUACACAUUCACCCCACUUGUUUCGUCUAUUUCGUCUCACCAUAGCAUCAUUGCUUAAAUAAAGAGACUUAAUCACACAAUAAUCCCGCUUGUUUUCUCUCAUAAUAUCAUAGGUGACGAAUUACUCCUUAAUUUUGGCGCGAAAUUUCAGCGUUAAUUUGUAAUUUCACAUGUGAAAUUACAAAAUUGCCAUGGCAACCUUCCGUACGUCUCAGUGUCAAGAUGGCGACGAAGUUUUAAAAUGCCGUGAAUGAAGAGCGAGCCUAAAGGCUCGGGAAAUUAUCAGGAUUUGGACAAUACGCGCGUGAAAUUAUUCCCUAAUUUCACUCGUCACCAUUUGAUUACAUAUACUUAUCGCUUAAAGAACGAGAUGUAUUACAUACACUCUUUAUGAAAAUUUCGGGCGACAUGACUCUGGUUUCGGGCGAUAUAACUUCGGGCGAGAUGACCUUCGGGCGACUUGACCGGUUACCUUCAUGACUAUCUGCCGGAAUUAUAAUCUUUACGCCCUAAUAUUCACACACGGCAAAUUUUCCAGACUGAUCCCCUUGCAUUUUUCCUUUGUAAAGGAAUAUUUUAAUUCUCCUAACCUUUCCGCUUGAUUAUGUAUUGUCAUUUUUGGGAGAAAAUUGGUGUAACUUCCUGCCAUGAAAAUGCAAGAUUUGUGUUUCAUUUUCAUUAUCGUGAUUAUAUCUGGUUCUGAGCAUUUGCUACAAACCCAGGUGUUUUGGUUUUUAUUUUGUAGGAACUAGACCUAAGAAUGCAUGCUGUUAAAGGAUUAGGGAAGGAUCAUGCAAAGUUCUCUCCUGUCGGUAGGUUAAGAUACACAUGUGUCAAAUCAGACCUACCAUUUUCGGAGGUUGUGUUUUUCAGAUCUUAUUAGCAAGAUAUUGCCAUUAUUUCUAAAACGUAUCUCCUUGAAAAAUUUAUUUGAAAACACAAAGCGUCGCCUAGAAUUUUUUUAAUGAAAGUUAAGGCCACUCCAUUGCCUCGAUCUUUCGAUUAGACUCGUGAGAGUAGAAAUUACCUUUUGAGACCAUUCUGACAUGGAAACAUUCGUUCGUUGGGUCCCCUGUCAAAUGCUAUGUACGGGUCCGUUCCUUUAAUUGCGAAUCCAAAUUCGGAUUGUGAAAACUGCACAAACGGAUAUUGCGUUCCUGUACUAAAACGUGAAGUCGGAUUUUCAAUCUGAAGUUGUAUCCUUAAUUUUUUGUAUUAAACAGGUCUCCAACUGGGCGCUGCAAAUGGCUUGUUACAUGAAUUUAAUGCCUUCAAUCUGUAAAGUUGUACGGGUUAUUAAAAUGCUUACGCAAAAUGACAAUAACUGGGUUUCUUUAAACGUAGAUGAAACAUUUUGAUCUGUUCUGUUGGCAGCCACUGCCUCCUACAGACUUCUUCCAGAAAUAACAAUUACAAAGCCUUGUGAAGAUAACUUGGCAGAUAAGUUGGUCCGCUGUUUCUCGGAGGGUGUAAUAAAAGUGGAAAAUGAACACGGUAUGUUGAAAUGUGCUUAUUUCGGAAUACUUGAGCUUGAGCGAAGACUUAACUUAAACGAACUUAUCAUUUACGUAUUACUCAUCUUGGUUGCUUGCCAUGUACACAAACUCUCCGGGUGGCAUUCUUGUACAUAAACGUGGUGGGAAAGUGCAUCCAAAUCAGCUAAAUAGACUAAAAAGAGUGGAAAAAUUGCAUCACCUCAAAUCAGAGCCCAUAUUUCCCGAAGCUUCCCAAACGGAAUGGUGCAAGCCAUUUCAUAAAGUCUUUUUGGCUUCCAUGGGCGCUUUUGCCUCAUCUAUCUGAAUUUUGUGUAUUUAUUUAAUGUAAAUGUGGCAAAAUGAUAAAACAUUUGAUUUUCCAACUGGAAUUUCCAUUUUUUCCAAUGUAAAUGGUAAGUACCCAAUUUGAAUUACGUUGACCUUUCCCUGGUCUUGCUAAAAGUUUGUGGCCCAAAGGUGGAGAGCGCUAUCCACUUGUAAAUAUCUAUCCGGUGGAUAACACUGUUUAUUUUCCUAAUUUUUAUCCACUGAAUAUUUUACCGGCGGAAAGAGCGAUCCACUUUUGAACAACUGGAACGCAUAAAAAAUGUUUGAACUUUUAGUCUUUUAGGCUAAGGACGAGUAAGAGAGAAGUUCGAUUUUUGAAGGUGUUGUGUGGGGAAAAAACCUAUUAGAAACUAUUUCAUUCGGUUUGCUUACACCCGAACAUCAAAGCUAUGUUUUUCUCAUGUUCAAACUGUCGGCCAUUUUAUGGCCGAGCAGGAGACUAGCACGGCGUUGUCUCGAAUUGCACCACGGGAGGUUUGUUUCGCUUACUCCCUUUUUUUCGGCUAUUACCAGGUUGCGCAGGACUGAACUGGGUCAAAAUUCGUUCUCCCAUAAAAUCCAUAGUGUAAUUUCGACACCGACCCAGUCUCACGGGCGCAACCUUAAAUUUGGUGCCGCAGUGUACGUGCCUUCAUUAUUCUAGCGUAGGCGUGGGCUAGACAAAGACUUAGAACCAUCAGGGAGCUUAAUAAGCAAAACGACGGCAGCGACGUCAUCGAGAACGGCAAAAAAGUAAUAGGUUUAGAUUGACAAAACAACAACUCUGCACGUGCAUCACGCUUUUUUGUACAUUUCUUUCCUGCACCGCACGACUACGACGUGAAAAUGCCUAAUUUCACGUUUUGCGGAGGACGUGAACGCAAGACGACGACUUUCUUUUCUUUUCCUGAACUUCGAUACAGUCUUUUAGAAUUCAACUUCAGAAAAAAAAUUGCCAACAUUUAACGAAUUGAACGAAAUGGAAUAAGCACGAUAAAGUUUAAAGCAGCGCGACUUCACUUUUUUUCGUAGCCGUCGCCGUUUUUGUUGCUUAAGCUCCCUAUUGUUGUUUUUCUGCCUCUUUAAGGUGGUUGCCGGGUAUCUGUCUUCUUCGAAUGGGGAGUCAGGUCCUUAAUGCACGCACAUCACUCUUCUUGCGUUAGUCGUUAACCAUCUCAUUCAACCUUGUUCGUAAGAGGAGGCCCUGUAAGCUGUGCUAAGUGAUUUUUUGUUUCCGUUUCAGGUGUAAAGCGGGCAGUUGUCGACAAUCCAAGAAGAGAUACCUGCAGCAGGGAGGUUUUUAGACACGAGGUUAGUUCCUUUCAGAUGUACGUUUUUUUAAAUGGCCAAAAAGCUAUUUUUGUGCCCAAGGAAUAUUUACCAACAGUGGUUCAGUUCUCGGCCUAGCAAUGAAGUCCUAAAUUUAUGAGGAAAAUACGUCACCGCCACUUGAAAAAGGCCCAGUUGUUCGAAGGCCGAUUGGCGCUAACCCAGGGUUAUUUUACCCCGGGUUUCUUUUUCUUUUGCUCAAAAGCAUUUUCCUGGAUAAUUUUCUAGACUCUUUUGAGAGCAUCUUUUCAUCAAAUGAUAGACAAAAAGAAAAAACUGAAUUAUGUUUUUAAUUUUUCAUAUUUGAAUUGAAAUUUCGCACUAACCCUGGGUUAUCUUAACCCUGCUUUGAACAACCUAGCCCAAAAUUUUGAACUUAUUUUGAACUGGCUCUGAGUACAAGUAUGCGCAAUUUCAUUGUUCAGUUCUCGACGUGUGAUUGCCUAAUUUCAAAAUUUGUCUCAAAAUUUUUUUCUGGGUGGCCUCGGUUCGUUUGGUCGCACUGUAAUGCCACCUGCGAUACGUUACUCAUCAGUAAUCAUAAAGUAAAGCCGAAUCUUCAUUUGUGACCACCUCUCUCAACCUGUCAGCUGCCGUAGCCGAAUACAUCAACAAAAAACCAAAACAUUUGCUCUCAAAGAACCACAGACAGAACUUUCCGUAUGCGACCAACUCUUUGCAAGCGACUGCCACCACUUUUUUUGGGCUGUCAUUUUUACAUGUUCCAUUCUCUCAUACCUCACGUAAGCGAGCAAGGCGCGAUCAACACGCAUCCAUUUUUGUUUGAAAAAAGAGAUUUUUUCCUCCAUUAUGGCCUACCGUCCACACGUAUCCAGUCAAAACAGUCACCGAAAACGUACAGUUUCAAAAUCGCUCUCCAGAGUGGAGAUUUUUGAAUACCCCGUUUCGAUGUACUCGUGUGGAUAGAUGAAAACGAAGGUUUUGGAAAAGAUUACGUCACGUUGUGGGGUCCAGUCCAUCUCGCGCACGAGAUUAGGCGCCAACAUUUCGUGGGCUCACCAACAACAACGAGCUUUAUUUGCAUGACCAUACAAGUAAAUACAGUAUUGCAAAAGCUCUAUUUUGUUGAAGGACUAAAAUUAAAUCAACGACAAUUAAGUUACUAUUUGGUGAUAAUUUGUCACGAAGAUCAAAGCAUGCUGAAAUAUAUCUAAUGAAUUAUAUAUUAUGAAGUAAUCAGAGAAGUCCACCAGUUCAUUGAUCAAAACAUUUACAGGUAACUGAGUAAUAUUUGGAAUCAGAGCCUUGACUUUAUUGUAAAAAUUAUUCCUAAUUAUAGAGUAUGUAGAACAACAAAAUAGAACUUCAAUUAAAUUGGAUCCUCAAAGAGGGCGUUGCCUGUAAUCUUUAGUAUUUUAAUUGUAUCUACCUAUUUCUAUCAUUAAUUUGUGAUUACUUAUUUGUAGUUUUACUAAUGCCCUUCUCCCAGCUGUUCCUCUUAUUAAGUCUUGGUAAUUAGAGGUUCAGGUGCUGGUAAAUUGGCUCAGAUACCAGUAAAUGCGCAUGCGUCAAUAAAAUAUCUAACAGUUUCAGGUCGUUUAAGUCACUAUUGCGUUUUCGUGCGGACGGGAAAAAACGAUUCAAAAACGCAACACGUGGACGCUAUGUUUUGAAAUCGGAGAAAAAGUCUACGUUUUCAAACAAAAACGGAUACGUGUGGACCCGGGCCUAACUGGAUCAUUCAGUACACUGGAUGUUUUUGGGAAACUGCCCACCUACCCCUCCCCUAAGCCAACAUUUUGUCUUAAGUGAGAAGUAAGUGUUAAUCUUGGCUUAGGGGAGGGUAGGUGGGAAACUAAUCCUGUUGCACUGCAUUUUGCCGAUAUUUGCUAAUACAUGUAUAUUAUAUCAGUUAUUGUUCGUUCUCUUGUUCUUAAUUCAAAGGUUUAUAUCCGCGAGUUAUAAAACGAAUGAUAAAGCUGAUUUCUUAUUCCAGGAAUUGAAGGAUCGAGUUAAACUUUCAAGGAUAAGAGACCAUUUUAUUUGUAAGUUCAUUUCAAUGUUCUAUAACCAACUCAAAAGGAACGUCCCUGCACUCCCCCCUCCCUGCCAGUGACCUCACACGAGAUCGAGGCUUGGGUAGACUUGUUACCUUAAGCCUCGAGUUGGUGCAUUUGCUCUGUUGAAUGCAACAAGGUCAAUUGACGUGCUCUCCAGUUGUCAUGAUAACAUUUCAAAGAGUGAGAGUGUCACGUCCGGUCAUCGCAAAGGUGGGAGUUUGAAUCUCGCUGAGUUCUGAAUGACUUUUGAACUGCUCAAGUUAAGAAACUGCAAUGUUGUUUAAUUAUGUAUUAACAUUCUUUGUCGCAAUGUCUGUUGUUAUGGGAAAUUUUAAACAAGAGAUCUACAUUGAAACGGUCGAAGUCAGAGGUGUAGGCGUUUUAAGCAGACUGCGUUCUGCGCAAGUUACUUGUUGAUGCUGCGUUUUUUUUAUCUAGUUUCAGUCGAAUCUACUGGUGCUCUGUCCUCAGAUGUGCUUGUUUGCGAGGCCAUUAAAGUGCUACUGGGAAAAUGCAGACAUUUUCUGUCGGAACUGGACAGCCAUUGCGUGGAUACCUGAGUAUAUUACUUUGUCCUCGCCUCUCGGGCUUCCAAGCAAUAACAGUGUAAAACCAACAUGAAUUCAUUCUCUCGCGACAAAUCGCGAAAGGUAAAUUCCUUUGUUUUCUGGAGACGCAAAGGAAAAAGAAAGUUGUGUGAGUAAUCCGCUCGUCGUCACAGAGAUAAUCGUUCAGAUUUGCAGUCAUGACCUAGAGUUUGCGAACACCACGUGCGCUCAGUGCGGGAUAGGAACUGUACUUUCCUUUUUUCCGGCAUUUCCGAGAAAAAUUCCAACUUCUGCAGUAAAAAUUGUGUACAGAAGGUGGUUUAUAAACAAAGGCUAUUUUGAAGUACCAUCUUCUUUAAAGAGCUGAGAAACGCUACUUCGUAACAACUUGUUUCGCUCUUAAAUUUUCAGUUCAGAGACUCGGUAACAGUUGGCCUGCUAGUGUCGUUAGAAGAAGUGAUAAAUAGAUCACCAAACACGGGUAGGGCAAUAGAAAAGGACUUCAGUGCGCUUUUACCUGUUGCUUCUGUAACCUUGUAACUUCUUUUAAUUGUUUAUAAUACCG